AUGCUUGUUUAUGCUAGCAAAGGGCCCAUACUCGCGAGCGGCCGACCCCAGCUACAGGCCACGCUGCUUGCGCCACGAGUGACGGAGCCAUUCACGGGGCUCUGGCGCAGCGCACGGCGGGGCGACGGGUUCGGCGCGGCCGUGGCGGGCGUGACCAUCCUGUCCAAGUUUGCGCCCAUCGCGCUGGCCUACAUUCCUUUCCGGUCGACACUGACGUGGCGUGCGCACCAGGUGUGCGCGUGGUCCUCGGUUGCCACGCUGCUGCUCAUGAUCGCCCUCCUUGGUAUCUCGCUGGCCAAGUUUAUUGUUGUUGGUGGUGGUGGUGGCGGCGGCGGUGGUGGCUGGAGAAAGAACGGAAGCAGCGCCAUGCCCUCGCUAGCCGACAGGCUCUUGUCGUCAGUUCUUCCUAGCGGCCGCCUCCACCGCCCCAAGGUCGCCAUCAUCGGCGCAGGCAUCACGGGAGGGUCAACAACACGUCAAGCCUCUAAAUCCAUUAUAAUGUACCGCUUCCACCCGUCGGUGAAAUGGGACGAGGCGUACCCGAACCGGCAGCGCAUAGUCGAGCAGGUCCGAGACCUGUGGGAGCGCUACGGCCUGCGAUCCAAGACCAAGUUCAACACCAGGGUCGACGAGGUCUACCAGGACGACCGCGGUCGCUGGAUCGUCAACAACACGACCAACGGCCACUUCGAGGGCAUCAUCGCCGCCAUCGGCACCUGCGGCGAGCCCAAGAUGCCGCAGCUGCCCGGCCUGGCCGACUACAAGGGCCCGGUCUACCACUCGAGCGACCUGACGGGCAAGCCAGCCAAGGGCAAGACCAUGGUCGUCAUCGGCGGCGGCGCGAGCGCGGGCGCCAGCAAGGUCAAGAUCCUCGCCCGCAGCGACAAGUGGAUCAUCCCGCGCAACACGCUGUGCAACAUCCUGCUGUCGCUCAACGUCUUCGGCCAGGAGACGGCGCUCAGCUGGAUCCCCGAGGCGCUGCUGCGCCGGCUCUUCUACCGCGACCUGGCCCCCGCGACAAGCGGCAUCUUCACCGACACGCCCAUGGUCAACUCGGACGUCAUGGACAAGCUGCGCAGCGGCUCGGCCGCGUGGAUCAAGUGCGAUAUUGAGCGCUUCACGGCCAAGGGCGUGCUGGCGCGGCGGCGCAGCAAAGACGAAAGGGAAGAAGAGAUCGCCGCCGACAUGGUGGCGCCGUACGCGCCGCCCAACUGGUACCUGCAGACGUUCCCGCCACGGCACCCGUCCGUGUCGUUGAUCAACUGCACGUACCGCAGCGCCAUCGGCACCGUCGGCAACUGGCACGUGGGCAUCUACACGCGGCUGCUGCUCAUGUUCCUGGUCAACCCGCUGACGCGGCCUAGCCCCUUCUGGAUGUGCCGCUGGAUCGACAUGACGCGCCUGCUCAAGCGCUCGUCGCCUCUCGUGUUGUGGCUUGUCUUCUGCGUCGCCUUCAACCCCUUCCGCUGGAAGUGGGCGCUCUUUGUCUUCCUGGGCACCGAAUACGCCCUGCCGGCCAGAGUCGUCGAGGCCGAGGACAAGAUGCGCUUAGAGGUCGGUAUAAAUGGCUAUGCGGACGCGGACGCGGACGCGGACGUGGGCCUUGGGUUCUGA